GUUGUCCCUACUUCCUACAGACCUCUGGCGGGGUCAUUCGGGGGCUGGCUCGACGAGAUGGGAAAUCCGGAAAACACGUCACAAAUUGAAUGCUUGUGCUGACAAUCGGUUUUCCUACAGAGGCCGACGAGGCAUAUGUCAUCGGAAAGCGUGGCCAGUAUACACCAGUUGGUGCUUAUUUGGCUGGUGACGAGAUCAUCAAGAUUGCUCUGGAGCAUGGUGCUCAGAUGAUUCACCCGGGUUAUGGUUUCCUGUCGGAGAACGCAGUGUUUGCUCGCAAUGUCGAGAAGAACGGACUCAUUUUCGUCGGACCUUCACCUGAUGUUAUCGACGCGCUCGGCGACAAGGUCUCUGCUCGUAAGCUUGCUAUCGCGGCCGACGUCCCUGUCGUCCCCGGAACCGAAGACGCUGUUGCUACGUUCGAAGAGGUGAAGUCGUUUACCGACGAAUAUGGCUUCCCUAUCAUCAUCAAGGCUGCCUACGGUGGCGGUGGUCGUGGUAUGAGAGUGGUUCGCAACCAAUCUGAACUGAAAGAGUCCUUCGAGAGAGCCACCUCCGAGGCCAAGAGCGCUUUCGGCAACGGCACAGUCUUCGUUGAGAGAUUCUUGGACAAGCCUAAGCACAUUGAGGUUCAAUUGCUUGGUGAUAACCAUGGCAACAUUGUCCAUCUGUUCGAGCGUGACUGCUCGGUACAACGCCGACACCAGAAGGUCGUAGAAAUUGCACCUGCAAAGGAUCUUCCCAUCGCUACCAGAGAUGCCAUCUUGGCCGAUGCUGUAAAGCUUGCCAAGUCGGUCAACUACAGAAACGCUGGUACCGCUGAGUUCUUGGUGGACCAGCAGAACCGCUACUACUUCAUUGAGAUCAACCCCCGUAUCCAGGUCGAGCACACAAUCACUGAGGAGAUUACCGGCAUCGAUAUCGUUGCCGCUCAAAUUCAGAUCGCUGCUGGUGCUACCUUGGCGCAGCUCGGUUUGACGCAGGACAGAAUCUCUACCCGGGGCUUCGCUAUUCAGUGCCGUAUCACCACUGAAGAUCCCGCAAAGGGCUUCCAGCCCGAUACAGGUAAAAUUGAGGUGUACAGAUCUGCUGGUGGUAACGGUGUCCGUCUUGACGGUGGCAAUGGUUUCGCUGGUGCGGUCAUUACGCCUUACUACGAUUCCAUGCUGGUCAAGUGCACAUGCUUAGGCUCCACAUACGAAAUCGCGCGCAGGAAGAUGCUCAGAGCUCUUGUCGAGUUUCGUAUCCGUGGUGUGAAGACAAACAUUCCCUUCCUGGCUUCAUUACUUACACAUCCUACCUUUAUCGACGGCAACUGCUGGACUACUUUCAUCGAUGAUACCCCUCAGCUCUUCGAUCUCAUGGGCAGUCAGAAUCGUGCUCAGAAGCUUCUUGCCUACCUCGGAGACGUGGCCGUCAAUGGCUCCAGCAUCAAGGGACAAGUUGGCGAGCCCAAGUUCAAGGGCGAUUUCAUCCUACCCGAGCUCCUCAAUGCAGAUGGUUCAAAGCUCGAUGUUUCCCAGCCCGCCACUCACGGAUGGAGACAGGUUAUCCUCGAAAAGGGCCCCAAGGGCUUUGCUAAGGCUGUCCGCGAGAACAAGGGCUGCUUGUUGAUGGAUACCACUUGGCGUGAUGCGCACCAGUCUCUUCUUGCUACGAGAGUACGAACUGUUGACCUUUUGGGCAUCGCCAAGGAGACUAGCCAUGCUCUCUCUAACUUGUACUCUUUGGAGUGCUGGGGAGGUGCUACAUUCGAUGUGGCCAUGCGCUUCUUGUACGAGGACCCCUGGGACCGUCUUCGCAAGAUGAAGAAGCUCGUGCCCAACAUUCCCUUCCAAAUGUUGCUGCGUGGUGCCAACGGUGUUGCUUACGCUUCGCUACCCGACAACGCCAUCUACCACUUUGUCAAGCAGGCCAAGGAGAAUGGUGUUGAUAUCUUCCGUGUCUUUGAUGCCCUGAACGAUAUUGACCAGCUUGAGGUCGGUAUUAAAGCGACACAGAAAGCAGGGGGAGUCUGCGAAGGAACAGUUUGUAUUUCUGGUGAUAUGUUGAAUCCCAAGAAGAAGUAUAAUCUUCAGUACUACUUGUCACUAGUUGAGAAAUUGGUCGCUCUUGAUAUUGAUGUUCUUGGUAUCAAGGAUAUGGCCGGUGUCCUCAAGCCUCGUGCCGCAACCAUCCUGAUCGGUGCGAUCCGCGAGCGAUACCCUGACCUGCCUAUUCACGUCCACACUCACGACAGUGCUGGAACCGGUGUUGCUUCCAUGAUCGCCUGUGCUCAGGCAGGUGCCGAUGUCGUGGAUGCUGCCACUGACAGCUUGUCUGGCAUGACUUCGCAGCCCAGCAUCAACGCCAUCAUUGCCUCUCUGGAGGGUAGCGAACACGAUCCCGGCUUGAACCCCGCUCAUGUCAGAGCUCUUGACUCAUACUGGGCUCAACUUCGUCUGUUGUACUCACCCUUCGAGGCACACCUGGCAGGUCCUGAUCCUGAGGUCUAUGAGCACGAGAUUCCCGGUGGUCAACUCACCAACAUGAUGUUCCAGGCCCAGCAGCUCGGUUUGGGCUCUCAAUGGGCUGAGACAAAGAAGGCCUACGAACAUGCCAACGACCUUCUCGGUGACAUUGUCAAGGUUACUCCUACCUCCAAGGUCGUCGGUGACCUCGCUCAGUUCAUGGUCUCCAACAAGCUAUCUCCAGAAGAUGUCAUCGACCGCGCCGCAGAGCUUGAUUUCCCUGGAUCGGUGUACGAAUUCCUCGAGGGCAUGAUGGGUCAGCCCUACGGCGGGUUCCCGGAACCCCUGAGAUCCAGGGCCCUCCGUGACCGACGCAGGUUCGACAAGCGUCCUGGCCUCUACCUCGACCCUGUCGACUUCAAGAAGUCUCGCACCGAGCUUGCCCAGAAGUGGGGACAGGUCACGGAGUGUGAUUUGGCUUCAUACCUCAUGUACCCCAAGGUCUUCGACGACUUCAAGAAGUUCACUCAGAAGUACGGUGACUUGUCCGUCCUGCCCACGAAGUACUUCCUGUCUAGGCCUGAGAUCGGCGAAGAGUUCCACGUUGAGCUUGAGAAGGGCAAGGUCCUCAUCCUUAAGAUGCUCGCCAUCGGUCCUCUGUCGGAGAACACUGGUCAGCGUGAGGUGUUCUACGAGAUGAACGGGGAAGUACGACAGGUUACUGUUGAUGACAAGAAGGCUUCCGUCGAGAACGUGUCGAGGCCGAAGGCCGAUGCCAGCGAUAGCAGCCAGGUUGGUGCUCCAAUGGCUGGUGUUCUUGUUGAGCUCAGAGUCAAGGCUGGUUCCGACGUCAAGAAGGGCGACCCACUUGCUGUACUCAGUGCCAUGAAGAUGGAAAUGGUUAUUUCCGCACCGCACAAUGGUAAAGUCAGCGACUUGCAGGUCAAGGAGGGUGACUCGGUUGAUGGUAAUGAUUUGGUUUGCAGGAUUGCCAAGGCCUAGAGAGCAUAGUCAGUGAAGCUGGGAAAAGCGUUGAGGCUUGAGUUAAUUAAGAAGGACAUUGCAGUACUAUGAAGAUAUGAUUACAUUUGUUCUUAUUCCGACCGACCCUUUUAGACUGUCUGGUUUUUGGCGUUUUCCUGGAAAUAGUGAUACCG